UAUCAACCCAUCAGCUCACCUCGCAAGGAUGUUUGGGCCGAGUGUGUCCUUCCAACAAGGCUGGACAUCAGCCUUUCUUGUGUCAAGUGAACGUUUUGGCUUUCUUUAAUUUUUAAAUCGUCCUUAUAUAAAUACUUUCCAGCUCAAGCAAAGGUGUCGCUUGGGUUGUGCUCUACCUACCCCUCACAUAUCCACCCAUGCACUCAUUUUGUGUGACUUCUGCCUCCUUGAGACACAGCAUCAUUAACAUCUAAACCUGCCAUUCACCGAUCAUGGCCCUCACGGCUCCGUGGAAGUGGCAGGGCUACGUGUGGGCGUGCCUCUGGUCCUCCCUCGUCACGAUGCUAUUUGGUCUUGACACGGGCAUCAUAGGCCCUAUCACCGCCAUGCCGGCCUUCACCAGCCGCUUCGGCAACUUCAGCCCGACGAUCCACGGCCUCAUCGUCGCCUGCCACCUCCUCCCCGGCGGCAUCAUUGCCGCCUUUGCCGGCGGGCUGUCGGACUACUUUGGGCGCGAGACGCUCGUCGCGGCCGGUGCACUGGUCCACGCCGCAGGCAUGCUGAUCUGGGGCUUCUCGGUCAACCUGGCCAUGGUGGUGGUGGCGCGCGUCAUCUGCGGCAUGGGCCUGGGCCUGUUCAUGAGCAACGUGUCCGUCUACAUCGUCGAGGUCUCGCCCCCGCGCGGCCGUGGCGUCAGGGCCGCCAUGGCCCAGUUGCUCCUCACGCUGGGCCUCGUCAUAGGCUUCUUCAUGUGCUACGGCCUGGUUGCCGGCCUGGCUCCGGAAAGCGAGUGGACGUGGCGCACGCCACCGUACGUCGUGGCUGGGUUGGGCGUCGUGCUGGGCGGGGCCGUGUGGACGCAGCCGCCGUCGCCGAGGUGGCUCUCGAUCCGCGGCAGGGUGGAUGAGGCGCGGCGGGUCAGCGAGAAGCUCGGGCUGGAGGCGUUUGGGCCCGACAAGAGCGCGGCGGACGCCGGCGGGGGAGAGACGGGGCCGGGCGCGCUGACGCUCAUGGGCGCCAUGUCGCAGACCUUUAGAGGCUUCCGGCUGGCCUUCUCCGGGCCGUACAGGGGACGGUCCAUCUUUGCCUGUUUUGUUCUCACGGUGCAGCAGUUCAGCGGCAUCGACGGCGUGCUCUUUUACGCACCAAAGCUCUUCGAGUCGGCCGGGUUCGCCGAGGCCGAGACUUCCUUCCUGGCGUCGGGCAUCUCGGCCAUCUGCAUCAUGGUCUCAACCAUACCGGCGACCCUGCUUGCCGACCACUGGGGCAGGCGCACGGCGACCAUGUGGGGAGGCGUCGCUAUCGCCGUUGAGAUGCUGCUCAUGGCUGCGCUGUACUUCGCGGGCCAGGGCGACGCUGGAGGAGGCAGAUGGGUGGUCAUUGUCAUGAUCUACCUCUUCGCCGUCACGUACAGCGUCACCUGGGCGGUGUGCAUGCGCAUCGGCGUGUCGGAGAGCCUGCCGACGGGAACGAGAAGCAGUGCCAUGGCGUUGGCGCAGAGCUGUAACUGGCUCGGCAAUUUCACAAUCGCUCUCGUCACGCCCAUCCUGCUGUCGGCCUCGGUCGGCGGGACGUACCUCUUCUUUAGCAUCUGCACCAUGCUGGGCUCGGCCGUCAUGUACGUCUACAUGAUCGAGACCAAGGGGACGCAGCUGGAACGAAUUGACGAGCUGUAUGUGAGCAGAAAGGCCGAGCGCAGGACAGAGGUUCAAAAUGCCCGCGGCUUGGCAGAGAAGACUAGGCUGAGGCUCACGCCGUUGAGCCUGCGCGAUAACAACAACACGAACGAAGGUCGGGCCAUGUCGGAAUAUGUGACGCCGCCGAUGAUGGCGGGUGAAAGAGAUUCUGCGGCUUGAGGGGUCGCGACAUGGGAGUUUUCGUCGGGUCAUCCUUUGGUUUACAGCAGCAAACCAUUCCACUUUAUGAAGUGUAUUUUGAAGGUUCAAGAGGGCUUCUUAAUCUCCGGUCGGGAGAGUUAUUAUGACACUCACUGCGAAAGGAUGCCAAGGUAUCUAUUUGUGGCGAUUUCCCAACUCACCAUACCCUUGGGUUGCUAAUGUGCCUGGAAAGGAAGGGUCCAGGGAUGGUCUCGCAAUCAUCGGUUGACAGCUCAGGAUCAGCAAGAAAGCCAGUGCUGCCAGAGGUCUGUGCUGUUGGCAAAUGUGCAGAGGAGAGGGACACGGCCGUCCAAGGUACAUAAGUCACUUUGUUUUGGACUUCUUUCGCCUUCGGGCAUUUGGUCAAUUUGAAACGAUACAGAGAAGAUUAGCAUGGCCCCUGCACUAAGGAUGACACGCUCAAUCAAAGAGAAGCUCAACAUUUUUUUGGCAUUUUGGUUCGAGCCGCGCUGUGAUCAUAUUCUUUGCG